AUGAGCUCGUUAUUACAAUUCAAUUUCUCGUCGUCGCUGCUUGCUGCUGACCCGGCACCUGCUUUCUUGGGCACAGAAACAAUAUCAGCGGAUGGUAAAAGGAUUGUGCUGUCCUCCGGCAAACGUAUCACGCUCAAACCUCGCAAACCACGACACGUAAACUUGGGUGAUGAGAAAGAUCAAUCCGAGCUGAUAAACAUUCACAAACUGUUAUCCAAACUAGAAAUAGAAGAAAAGGCUGCUGAACAGACAAUACGCCAGAAAUCUAAGCCUGCAGAAAAGCAGCCCAAACCGUCCACUUAUAAAUUAUGGACAGAAAAAUAUAGGCCUUCUGGCUUCCUGGACCUUGUUGGAAACGAGAGAACAAAUAGACAAAUUCUACAAUGGAUAAAUCAGUGGAACCAGGUUGUUUUCGGAAAACCAUGCGCAGAAACCACUGACUUUUACAACCGUCCAGAUAGACGAGUUUUACUCAUCCAUGGGCCACCCGGGAUUGGAAAGACUUCUAUCGCGCAUGUUAUCUCAAAGCAACUGGGAUACGAGGUGCGUGAGAUAAACGCUAGUGACGAGCGUGCUGGAGCAACAGUCCAGGAUAAAAUCAAAAAUGCUAUGAAAAAUAACUCGCUAACAGGAAGUCCUGUAUGUCUAAUCUUAGAUGAAAUUGACGGAGCCACGGAGCAUGGGUUUAUCAGCAUAUUGGUAGACCUUAUCAACAAGGACCGCCGCGACACGGCUUCUCUGGGUCUUGAUACGAAGGGCAAAACACAAAGAGAGAUUCUAAAACGUCCUAUAAUUGCCCUAUGUAACGAUGUCUACUCACCGGUGUUAGAAAAGCUCAGGCCACACUGUGAGACUAUUGCUUUCCGCAAAUCACAUCCACGUCUCGUCAAAUCAAAACUGAAGAAGAUUUGUCAGCGAGAAGCCCUCGUUGUGGAUGACCGUGUCCUAGACGCAAUUAUAGAAUCUACGGAAGGCGAUCUGAGAAACUGCAUCAACUUUUUACAGUUCAACUCGUCGGCAGCUACUUUGAAUCUUGAGUCGAGCUCAAAGGACACCCAAAUAGGGUGGUUUGUUCUGUUGGACAGUAUUUUUGUCAGAAGCGCAAAUAUUAGCAAACAGGAACAGUUCCAAAAAGUCUUCAAGUCCCUUUCGUCCUCAGCGCAGGUGGACAGGGUGACUACAGGAUGUUUCAACGUGAUGCUUGACACAGACACCGAUAUCAAUAAGUUAAGCGAGAUGUCAGAUUGGUUGUACUUCCAAGACGCGCUUAGCACAAAAUUCGCCUCUUUUGAGGCCCAGGAUUUCACGUUUUACCAGUCAGCUGUGCCAAUGAAGUUCUAUCAGAAGUUCAAUGAAAUUAGCCACUUGUCGGAAAAAAGGUACAAUUAUAGAAGUCGCGACCGCUUUUUUGACUUACGAAAACAGACAGCUGAAGCUCUCCAAAAGAUAAAGCAUUUGAAUAACCAGGCAGAUAGUUUCAAACUUGCCAAUCGAGCACAAUUGGUGGGCUACGAACUGAGUCUGCUCAACGCAAUACUUGUGCCUGACGUUCCAUUUAAACAGAUCGAGAUGCUAGGUGGAGGCGGGAAGCUUUCUAGAAUAAUAGAGCUUAUGGAAGCAUACUCAUUGCGCAUCGACUUAUCGAAAAAUGAGUAUGGGAAUGCAAUGGCUCAAAUGAGACCUGGAAUUCAUCUUUUUGGCGACCUGUCAGCGAAGCAGCAGCAAAUAUUGGUGAGACUACAUAAGGAGCUUCUCACAAAGUACAUCCAAGGGCAGGAGUCCAAGACAAUAGAUCGCAAGCGGAAGGCGCCACGCGACAACGAUCAAGUGGCCAAAAAGAGUAAUUGCAGCUCAAGUGUGGAAUAUUUCAAGAGUAAGUACGCGGCUUUAACAGAUCAAUUAAGUCACGCAAAAAGCAGCAAAGAAAUUUCUGCCGCAGUGAUGGGUCAAAAUGAGUACAGAAUUUGGGUCAAGUACCAUGAAGGCUUUUCAAACGCAGUCCGUCGAGAGAUUACAUGGGAAAACCUUUUUGCCGGACAAUACGGGCCUUCAUAG